AUGUUCGGACCCAUGUCUCUCCUCUCCCUCUUCGCUCUGGUCCAGUCCAAUGACAACGGUUUGGCGCUGACUCCUCCGAUGGGCUGGAUGGCCUGGGAGCGCUUCAGAUGUGACACCGACUGCCAAGAAGACCCUGAAAACUGCAUCAGCGAGGUGCUGUUCCGGGACAUGGCAGACCGUCUGUAUGAGGACGGCUGGAGAGAGCUGGGCUACGAGUAUGUGAUCAUUGAUGACUGCUGGAUGUCCAAAGCCCGGGACCAGGACGGCCGACUGCAGCCCGACCCCGACAGAUUUCCAUCUGGAAUCGCCCGUCUUGCAGAGUACGUCCACAGCCGGGGUCUGAAGUUGGGAAUAUACGCAGACAUGGGCCGCUAUACAUGCAUGGGCUUCCCCGGAACCACCCUGGAUCGGAUCAAGACCGACGCUCAGACUUUUGCUGACUGGGGCGUAGACUAUCUCAAGUUCGAUGGCUGCAGCUCAAACCCCCUGGAGCAGAUGUUGGGUUAUCCUCUGAUGUCCAAAGCCCUGAAUGCAACUGGUCGUCCCAUGGUUUACUCGUGCAGCUGGCCUGUCUACGUGGGCUCCCUGCCUCCAGAGGUGAACUACACCCUUCUUGGGAACAUCUGUCACCUGUGGAGGAACUACUAUGACAUCCAGGACUCGUGGGAGAGCGUGAAGUUUAUCAAGGACUGGUUCUUCAAGAACCAGGAUUAUAUCCAGCCUGCCGCAGGACCAGGCAGGUGGAAUGACCCUGACAUGCUGAUUAUCGGGAACUUUGGCCUGAGUCUGGACCAGUCCCGGGCUCAGAUGGCUCUGUGGUCCAUCAUGGCGGCUCCUCUCAUCAUGUCCAACAACCUCAGACAACUCGAUGCCUCCACACAGGCGAUUCUCCAGAACAAAUUGGCCAUCAUCAUCAACCAGGACCCACUGGGCAUACAGGGACGGCAACUCCUCACGGAAAAGAGCAAAAUCGAGGUGUACUGGCGCCCUCUGGUGGACUCGAACAGUGCUUUGGCCUUCCUGAGCAUGAGGUCGGACAUGCCGUAUCUUUACCACACGUCCCUCGGAAAACUCGGCUAUGACGUGGGAAUUUAUCAGGUCCACGAUGUUUUUGGUGGAUCCAAACCAAAGACCCUGAACUCCACAGAAGUAUUCACUGUGUCCAUUAACCCGUCCGGAGUGGUCAUGUGGUACCUGGCUCCAGCCAAUCGAAGGGCAGGAGUGAACCAGGCUUUGAUCCAGUUCAGGUCCAGAUCGCGCAUGAGGUUAUGA